GGGUGCAAAAUGAAAUAGUUUGUCCAUGGAUAGAGAGAGAUAAGGUAUCCUUUGUUGCUAAUCGUCUGUCUUCAGCGAGUAGAACUCAAAAACCGAUUUCUUCUUCUUCUUCUUCUUCUUCUUCGAUGCUUCUGUCCUCUUCACCAGCGGCAGCUGCCGCUCUCAGUUUUCCGGCAAUGGCGGGAAGAAGCACCUUCCUCGGCGGGCAGCUUCUCUUCUUCCAACCGAACAAGAAUCCCUUCACUAGUACCCUUCCCGCGACUGCCAUUUCUAUCGUAGCCAAGGCCACCACCCGGAGAGAGAACCGUACUGCUCGACAUGAACGCAUCCGCAAGAAGGUGAAUGGUACCCCGGAGAGACCAAGAAUGUGUAUUUACCGCUCGAACAAACAUUUAUACGUCCAAGUCAUCGACGAUUCCAAGAUGCACACUCUAGCUUCGGCUUCUACAAUGCAGAAACCUAUUUCAGAAGAGCAUGAUUACUCUUCUGGUCCAACUCUCGAAGUGGCAAAGAAGGUGGGCGAAGCCAUCGCAAAGGCUUGCUUGGAGAAGGGAAUCGCCAAGGUGGCUUUCGAUCGCGGUGGCUAUCCUUAUCAUGGGCGCAUUGAAGCUUUGGCUAAUGCCGCAAGGGAACACGGUCUCGAGUUCUAAAAAAUUGUUCCAUUGAUCAAAUUGGAAGAACAAAUAUGUAUGAUUUUCUUGGGAACUAUAGUAUGAUUUCCAAGUGAUUGAAUGUCAAGUAAAUACAAAAUUGUCUUCA